AUGGGUGUAAUACGAAAGAAGACCGCUUCGCGCGGCACCGAGGCUGGCACCAAGUUCCACUGUGAUGUUUGUUCGGCCGACGUGACCUCGACGGUCCGUAUCUCUUGCGCCCACCCAAACUGCCAUGAAUAUGACCUCUGCGUCCCCUGCUUCGCAGCUGGCGAGAAAUCCAAAAAUCACGAUCCAUCCUCCCACCCCUUUCAAGUCAUCGAACAAAACUCCGUCCCUAUCUUCCAAGAUGAAUGGGGUGCUGACGAAGAGUUGCUCCUACUCGAGGGCGCCGAGAUCUACGGACUCGGCUCCUGGGCCGAUAUCGCCGACCACAUCGGUGGCUACCGCAGUAAGGACGAAGUGCGCGAUCAUUACAUCGAUACCUUUGUGAAUAGCUCCAACUUUCCUCUCCCCGACCGUGCCGAUCCGGAUGAUCACAGUCUUCAAGAUGCUAUUCCCAAGGAAGAUUUCCAAGCGCGCAAGAAGCGACGUAUCGAGGAGCGCAAGGAGGCAGCCAAGGCAGCGCCCCCCACAACCCCCAAACAGAAACCUACGGCGAGUGUUCCCGCUUGUCAUGAAGUGCAAGGUUACAUGCCUGGUCGGUUGGAGUUUGAGACGGAGUUCCUGAACGAUGCGGAGGAGGCGGUCCAACACAUGGCGUUCGAGCCCGGUGCUGGCAUCGGCCUUAACGGCGAGGUAGACGCUGAGAAUGAGCUCAAAAUGACUGUCGUUGAUAUCUAUAAUUCGCGUCUGACGGCGCGUACUGAGCGCAAGAAGAUUCUUUUCGAGCACAACCUUCUCGAGUACCGGAAGAACACUGCGCUGGAGAAGAAACGGUCCAAGGAAGAGCGAGAUCUACUCAACAAAGCGAAACCACUAGCCCGGAUGAUGAACGAGAAGGACUUUGAUGAUCUCAACAAGGGGCUGGAGUACGAACAUAAUCUACGCUUGGCCAUCGCUCAACUUCAGGAAUGGCGCCAGAUGGGCAUUGGGGAUUUGAAAGCAGGCGAGAAAUACGAGCAGGACAAGCAGCAGCGAGCACAACGACUAUUGCCUCAAGGCUCCUUUGAUCGCUUUGCUGGUGCGCGUCCCAAGCAAAACCAGAUUUCCGAAACGCCCACGGCCGCGAUACAGCUCACUACCCCGGAACUCCCUAUUCGCCUCCAAAGCGCCGCAAACCCCCACAAGUUGCCUGACCUGGCUGACGUGACCCCGAAUGACUUUGAUCAGUUCCUCUUCGGCGAUGCGGCCCCGCCUCCCCCAGCGAAGACCAAGUAUGUCGUGCAGCCUCUGAGCGGGGUAUCCCCAUGGAAACUAGACAGCGAGGGAGCAGCCGACCUGCAUCUAUUGACCAAGGAAGAGGCCGAAGUCUGCAACAUGCUGCGUUUGAUGCCAAAACCAUAUCUAGUGGUUAAAGAGACCAUGUUGAAGGAAGCGAUGAAACAAGGCGGCAAUCUAAAGAAGAAGGAUGCACGCGCGAUUUGCAAGCUAAACUGCAUCAACUCGCAAGGUCAUUCAGAUCUUCACGAUGUGUGGGAAUGGAUGGACGAGGAGCCGAAGUUGAGGGUGGGUGUUAUUACCGGGAUAGGGAGGGCAUUCUGUGCCGGGGCUGAUUUGAAAGAAUGGAAUGAUAAUGCCGGCUCCAAUAGCCGCAGACCAAUGCCAACCAGUGGUUUCGGAGGCCUUGCCAGGCGAAAGGGCAAAAAACCCGUGAUCGCCGCGGUGAACGGGCUUUGUUUCGGCGGCGGCUCGGAAAUGAUCAUCAAUUGUGAUCUGGUCAUUGCAUCCUCACGCAGUGUCUUUGGGUUACCGGAGGUGAAGCGGGGCGUUGUCGCACUCGCAGGGGCGUUACCUCGUCUCGUUCGGACAGUCGGGAAGCAGCGUGCUAUGGAUAUGGCGCUUACGGGAAGAAAUAUUCUCCCCGACGAGGCGGAGAGAUGGGGACUCGUGAAUGAGAUUGUGGAUGUUGGGAAUACGGAGACUCCCCUUGAUGAAGGAAAUCGAAUUAUUGUGGAACGGGCUCUAGCUGUUGCUACUGUUAUUGCUGGAAAUAGUCCUGACUCGGUGCUAGUUAGCCGAGAAGGGAUUAAGCUUGGAUGGGAGGGAAUUGGGGCAGAUGAGGCGACGGCAAUGUUGUCUGAUACUUGGGUGAAGAGACUGUACGAAGGGGAGAACAUCAAGGAGGGAUUACAAGCAUUUGUGGAGAAGAGGGCGCCUGUUUGGAAGGAUAGUAAGUUGUAA